CACGCUACCCUUGUACAGAGUGUCUCUCGUUUUCCUUCCCCCGGCGCACGAGGCGCGGGCGACCCAAUACGGCCGUGCCGCGGCGGGCAGUAGAGUAGCAGGAAGCGGCCUCUCUUUCCCUCGAUCGCUACUGCUUUGUGGGACUGCGGCGGGCUCCAUCAGCGAAACGCGUUUUCCGCAUCCCUCCACUCCUCCCCAACCCCCGCCCGCCACCUCCCCGCCUUCCGCGUCGAGUACGGAAGCCGACGGGGUCCGCGGGCAGCCAUGGCGGCUCACCUGAAGAAGCGGGUGUACGAGGAAUUCACUAAGGUGGUUCAGCAACAACAGGAGGAAAUUGCUACUAAGAAACUCCGGCUGACAAAACCGAGUAAAUCUGCAGCUCUCCACAUAGAUCUGUGUAAAGCUACCUCUCCAGCAGAUGCUUUGCAGUACCUACUCCAGUUUGCCAGGAAGCCUGUUGAGGCAGAAAGUGUGGAAGGAGUAGUCAGAAUUCUCUUGGAACAUUUUUAUAAGGAGAAUGAUCCUUCUGUGAGACUGAAAAUCGCAUCUUUGUUGGGUUUGUUAUCAAAGACUGCAGGAUUUUCACCAGACUGCAUUAUGGAUGAUGCCAUUAACAUCCUGCAGAAUGAAAAGUCUCAUCAAGUCCUUGCUCAACUGUUGGAUACUUUACUUGCAAUUGGCACUAAACUCCCAGAGAAUCAAGCUAUCCAGAUGCGCUUAGUUGAUGUAGCCUGCAAGCACCUGACAGAUACCUCCCAUGGUGUAAGAAAUAAGUGCCUGCAAUUACUUGGCAAUCUUGGUUCUUUGGAAAAAAGUGUUACAAAAGAUGCAGAAGCCCUAGCUGUCAGAGAUGUCCAGAAAAUUAUAGGGGAUUACUUCAGUGACCAAGACCCACGUGUCAGAACAGCAGCUAUAAAAGCCAUGUUGCAGCUCCAUGAAAGAGGACUGAAAUUACACCAAACAAUUUAUAAUCAGGCCUGUAAAUUGCUCUCUGAUGACUAUGAACAAGUGCGCAGUGCUGCAGUCCAGCUCAUCUGGGUUGUCAGUCAGCUCUAUCCAGAAAGCAUUGUCCCAAUCCCUUCUUCUAAUGAAGAAAUCCGCUUGAUUGAUGAUGCUUUUGGAAAAAUUUGUCACAUGGUCAGUGAUGGCUCCUGGGUGGUUCGAGUUCAAGCUGCAAAGCUUUUGGGCUCUAUGGAGCAAGUCAGUUCCCAUUUCUUGGAGCAGACACUAGACAAGAAGCUGAUGUCAGAUCUAAGGAGGAAGCGCACUGCACAUGAGCGUGCGAAGGAACUGUACAGCUCAGGGGAGUUUUCCAGCGGGCGGAAAUGGGGAGAUGAUGCUCCCAAGGAGGAAGUAGACACGGGUGCUGUGAACUUGAUCGAGUCAGGAGCUUGUGGAGCUUUUGUUCAUGGAUUAGAAGAUGAAAUGUACGAGGUCCGCAUUGCUGCUGUGGAGGCUCUGUGUAUGCUCGCCCAGUCUUCACCCUCUUUUGCUGAGAAGUGCCUUGAUUUUUUGGUAGACAUGUUUAAUGAUGAAAUUGAGGAAGUGCGCCUGCAGUCCAUACAUACCAUGAGAAAAAUCUCUAACAAUAUUACCCUUCGAGAGGAUCAACUUGACACGGUCCUGGCUGUGUUAGAGGAUUCAUCCAGAGAUAUAAGAGAGGCUCUUCACGAACUCUUAUGCUGUACUAAUGUUUCAACCAAAGAAGGGAUUCAUCUUGCACUGGUGGAGCUGCUAAAAAAUUUAAACAAGUACCCUACUGAUAGAGACUCCAUAUGGAAAUGUUUGAAGUUUCUGGGAAGUCGGCAUCCAACUCUGGUGCUUCCCCUGGUUCCAGAGCUCCUGAGCACUCAUCCAUUUUUUGACACAGCUGAACCAGACAUGGAUGAUCCAGCCUACAUUGCAGUUUUGGUUCUUAUUUUCAAUGCUGCCAAAGCCUGUCCAACCAUGCCAGCGUUGUUCUCGGAUCAUACCUUCAGGCACUACGCUUACCUCCGAGACAGCCUCUCUCAUCUUGUUCCUGCCUUGAGGUUACCAGGUAGAAAGCUAGCGUCAUCAGCCGUUGCCCCCAACAUCGCCCCUCAAGAGGAUCCUUCCCAUCAGUUCCUGCAGCAGAGCCUUGAAAGGGUGUACAGUCUUCAGCAUCUGGACCCUCAGGGGACUCAGGAACUGCUGGAAUUCACCAUUAGGGAUCUACAAAGACUUGGAGAACUUCAAUCUGAAUUAGCAGGAGUAGCUGACUUCUCUGCUACUUACCUUCAGUGUCAACUUCUUCUCAUCAAGGCCUUGCAGGAAAAACUCUGGAAUGUAGCCGCCCCUUUGUAUUUGAAACAGAGUGAUUUGGCUUCAGCAGCAGCAAAACAGAUCAUGGAAGAGACCUACAAGAUGGAGUUCAUGUACAGUGGUGUGGAGAAUAAGCAGGUGGUGAUUAUACAUCACAUGAGACUUCAGGCCAAAGCCCUGCAACUUAUAGUAACAGCACGAACUACUCGAGGAGUUGAUCUUUUAUUUGGUAUGUGUGAAAAAUUCUUGCAGGAAGUGGACUUUUUUCAGAGAUGUUUCAUCGCUGAUUUGCCCCACCUACAGGACAGCUUUGUGGACAAACUUCUUGACCUCAUGCCUCGACUCAUGACAUCCAAACCUGCAGAAGUGGUCAAAAUUCUGCAGACCAUGCUUCGACAGAGUACCUUCCUGCACCUCCCCCUUCCAGAGCAGAUCCACAAAGCCUCAGCUACCAUCAUUGAGCCCGCAGGCGAGUCAGAUAACCCUUUACGGUUUACGUCUGGGCUGGUGGUGGCCCUGGAUGUCGACGCAACCCUGGAACAUGUGCAGGAUCCUCAGAGCACUGUGAAGGUCCAGGUCUUAUAUCCAGAUGGCCAGGCCCAGAUGAUCCACCCUAAACCUACAGACUUCCGGAAUCCUGGCCCAGGGCGGCAUCGACUUAUCACUCAGGUGUACCUGUCCCACACUGCCUGGACAGAACCAUGCCAGGUGGAAGUGAGGCUGCUGCUGGCCUACAACUCCAAUUCACGCAUUCCAAAAUCCUUCUGGCUCGAGAGUGGUGAGGUGUCACCCCAGGUGGAAAACAUCAUCGAGGGCACUAUCCCUUUCAGCAAGUCUGUGAAAGUUUACAUAAUGCCCAAACCUGCUAGGCGCUGAGUCACAGGAUGUCUUUGUAGCUAUGGCCUAGCAGGCCCUGCCUAGGUAUUGGAGUCAGAAGCCUGCAGCGCUUCACCUGGAAAUGGUGUAUAGGCUUACAUCACCCUUACAGUCUCAUCUGGUAUCAAAACGGGAUAAGUAAUUCUGCAUUAAAAGAACAAAAAACCUUCAAGACUACUCAUAAUGUCCCCCACUCCCUACCCCCCUAAUAAAGUUGAGAAAAUACCAAACUGUUCUACUUUCUGGUGCUUCCAGAAAUUUGUGUGGCUAUAUAUUCAAAACUUUUAAAACAUGCUCACAUUCCUCACAUGUGAAACACAAAGAUCCAGCUUUCCCAACCCAGAUGGCCCCAAAUAGAUGACUGGAUCAAGAAGAUGUGGUAUAUAUACACAAUGGAAUAUUACUCGGCAAUCAAAAAGAUAAACUCAUGCUAUUCACAGCAAUAUGGAUGGAGCUGGAAGGGAUCAUGCUUAGUGAAAUAAGUCAGAAAGAAAAAGAAAAAUACUGGAUGGUUUCACUUAUGGGAUCAAUGUAGAGGAUCCAAAUAACGGAUCAGGGGGAGAAAAGUUAUUAUAAUAAAGUGAAAAUCAAAAUCAACAAGGACUAUAAACCAGAGACACUCUGCAAGGGGAAGAAGGGAGUAGGAUAAAACGGGAGGAAAGAGCACAAGGGACUAUGGUGAUGGUACACGGGUUAAUUGGUGGUGGGAUUUUCACGGGGACUGUAACUGAGAUGAGAAAGCAUACAUUGUAAAAAAAAAAAAAAAGGAAUGAUGUAAAAAAUAUAUUAAAAAAAUAAAAUUAUUUUUAAAAAUCCAGCUUUCCAAGAUUAUUGGAGCCAUAAUCUUAUUUCUUAAAGUAAUAGUCUGUUUGCCAGCGCCAACUCCAAAGCAGCUUUAGCAACUAUACUUUUUCUGACAGUUCCUGAAUAGCCUUAGAUACCCUAUUAUCUUGCUGAGAAGCUCCUUUCCUAACUCUGGGCCAAGAACUGAAUAGAAGUUGAAGAAUGAAUCAUUUUCAUCCCUGAGGGAAAUUCUUUAUCUAAAAAAAGAAAAAGAAAAUUCUUGUCUUCCAUUAUCCUUACAACCAAAAUAAUAAGAGAAGGGCCAUAUUUAAGAAAAAGAAACAAGGAUUGAAGGAAAAGGCAGCCCGUGUAAGAGAUAUUUUCCACUACUGCUCUGAUGAUUCUGGUGUUGGAAUGAGUGAAAGUACAGGGUACUCUAGAGUUGUUCACUGUGUAGGGCCCGUGCUACCGUCUACCUGCCUUUUAAUCCUCACAUCAAUGAAGAGAGCAUUUAAAUCACUGUUAGGAAUACUGUACAAUAAGUAGUAAAGCCUUUAUUCAUGCAAAUCCAAGAUGAUUCAGGUGAUGUAUGUGAAAAAGAACCUUCAAAUCUUAAGCUCUCUUGCCUCAGUGUCCUUAUCUAUAAUAUAGAGACAUUUAUACCUUAAGGGUUGUUGAAUGAGUCAUUAAUGCCGUUAGUCUUGAUCACACUUGAUCUGCAGAGCACAAGCUCGUAAAAUUGUACAGUUACUCAGGUGAAGCCAGAAGUUGCAUUCAAGCAUGUUUGGUUAUUAAUGUAUAUAACGUAUGCCUAGGGGCCUCCCCAGUGGUGCAAGGGGUUAAGCAUCAGCACUGAAGCUAUCCACAACUACUGCAGCAUGAGUUCAAUACCCGGCCAGGGAGCUACCCACAUGGUGCAGCAGACCUCCCCUGUCUCACCCGCUGCUCCCCUCAGCAGUGUAUUUCACUCAGUCUGCCUGUUCUGUUCCCCACUCUGUCCCUUGUGAAUCUUCUCAUCCCCCGCAUCUCUGGCCUGUACCCCAUCUCUUGUAUGCAUAAAUAAAUCUUUAAAAACAAA